AUGAUGAUCAGUCAGUUGUUGAUAAUAGGAUGUCAAGGAAUGGUCAGCCCCGCCAAUGGCUACGUAUAUCCAGGAGCAUACAAUGAUCCGACAUUGGAAGAGGUCAAGGUGUUGAUGUGGGCCGGCAACUGGUGGGCCGGCCUCGGCCAGGACCUGUCGCUACCCAACUACAUUGGCGAACAGUAUGCCAAGGCCAAAUGCCCUGUCAACUGCCAGAUACACGAUGACAAAUCUAUGGCGCCCGAUAUGGACGCCAUCAUCUUUGAGCCGCAGCCAUUCGCAGGCUUCCUCACCGAGUACCACACCAAGCUGCCCUUGUUCCCACAGAAGGAACCCAAUCAGUAUUAUGGCGUGUUCACAAUCGAGCAGCAACACUACUUCCCGUUGCAGGUCGACCCGGGCUUCCUCCAGCAUAUGGACUUCAACAUGACGUUCAGGGCCAGCUCGCAAGUGCCCAUCACCUACACAUGUGCCUGGGGCACGCAGUUCACUGGCGGUUUGAACAGCUUCUCCAAGGCGGGCAUGAUUCCCUUUACAUCAAAGUUGAAGAAGGUGGCGUUCAUGUCAACCAACUGCGUGGAGGGUGGCGCGGCAUUCCGUACCGAGUACAUCAAGUCGCUACGCAAGGUGUUCUCGGUCGAUGGACUUGGAUCAUGUCUACACACCAAGGAUAUCAAUCCCAAGUACAUCUCAUAUCCAGUGUUCAAGGACUUGGGUCGAUCAAUGAUGAUGAAGUCCAAGAUCAUGUCCGAGUAUCUCUUUGGUCUUGCAUUCGAGAACAACAACAUCACAGACUAUGUCACCGAGAAGGUCUACAAUGUAAUAUUAGGUGGAACACUUCCAAUAUACAUGGGAGCACCUAAUAUAGAUGAAUUUGUUCCAGAGAAGAGUAUUAUAAAGACCAGUGACUUUGAAUCACCACAAGCAUUGGCCAAGUAUUUGAGCUAUCUAGCAUCGAAUGAAUCAGCCUACAAUGAAUACUUUGCAUGGAAGUCCAAACCACUGCCUCAAUUCUUCAUCGACAAGUUCAACAACUGUGCAUUCUAUACUGCCGACUGUCGUCUAUGUAUGCACGUACACAACCUAAAGAAUCAAGUAGUCGAUGACAUGGUAUUUUGGAACAAAACAUUGACAGAGGAUCAGGUUGCCAAGUCAAUGUUCUCAAAGUACCGAGGUGAUGAACAAUCAUUGCUAUUGUAUAUAACAUUCAAUGGUGAUGAGAUAGAGGACUACUCGGAAAGGAAAUUGCCAAUCCAUGCUGACAAGGUGGUCCUUGGCCCCCAUUCAACCAGAGAGAUAGACCUAAACUGU